UUUUCUUUCAGAUCUGUACUUGAACGCGGCGGCGGUGGUGUGUCAUUCCUUGUGCUCUCGUCGAAAAAGUUGCUAAUCGAAGCCGAAUCACAUCUUGGAGGAAUAUUGUUGGUGUUGUGGAUUGAGCAAGUGCACUGUUAUCGUGUUUUGGGUGGUAAAAUUCGUGAAAAUCCCUCUUUUAACGGUGAAAAUAUCGAUUUCUUUGCGCUGAGGCCAUCGGAAGCGCGGUGGCAGACAGAAAAUACGGUAAUCUAAACGGUCAAGAAGAAGAAACCCGGCAGCAGUGUAUUUUUGUGUGCGGCGGCCCCCCGGUUUCGAGCGACCACCACAAGGAAAGAGUCGUGUGUGAAGUUGUGUUUGUGUGUGGAGGAUAACAGAAAACAGUGUUUCGGUGGAAAUGUCUCAGAAAACGAAGAGAUCCGGCGUUUCGACGCCCAUCCCGGUGACGGCCAGCACUCCGGUACAGGGGGGCAGCUCCGGCAUCGGAGCGCGCCCUGCCAGUCCGCUGAGCCCGACUCGGCUUAGUCGGAUGCAGGAGAAGGUUGAUCUGAUGAACUUGAACGACCGUCUGGCCUGCUACAUCGAUCGGGUGCGCUUCCUCGAGGCGGAGAAUUCGCGCCUCACGAUGGAGGUACGGACCUCGCAGGAAACCGUCACCCGGGAGGUGUCUAACAUCAAGCAGAUGUACGACCACGAGCUGAACGAUGCUCGCAAGCUGCUGGACGAGACGGCCCGCGAAAAGGCCAAGCUCGAAAUCGACGCUAAGCGGAUAUGGGAGGAGAACGAGGAUCUCAAGAAGAGAAUGGAGCGCAAGGCGAAGGAAGCCGCCGACUACGAACGCAAUGCCCGCGCCCAGGAAUCCCGCGCCAACGAACUGUCGGCCAAGUACAACACAGUCAUGUCCGAGCGCAAGAAGGCCCAGGACGAGCUGAAAGAACUGGAAAAGGAAGCCGCCCGCCUCAAGAAACAGGUUGAAACGCUCCGGAAGAACCUGGAAGAGGAAACGCUGGCCCGAGUCGAUCUGGAAAAUGCCGUUCAAAGUUUGCGCGAGGAGCUCACCUUCAAGGACCAGAUUCACCAGCAGGAACUGACCGAAACCAAAUCCCGCCGGCAGGUCGAAAUCAGCGAAAUCGAUGGUAUGCUGUCGGAGCAAUACGAAGCUAAGCUGCAGCAGACACUGCAGGAACUGCGCGACCAGUACGAUGGACAGAUGCGCGCCAAUCGGGAUGAGAUCUCCGGAUUGUAUGAAGCUCGUCUGCACGAUUUGGAGCUGCAACUGAACGCCGAACGGCAGCGCCACGCCGAAGAGAAGAGCAAACUGCAGGACGAAAUCGAGCGCCUCCGCAAGCAGAUCUCCCAGCAGCUCCAGGAGUACCAGGACCUGAUGGACAUCAAGAUCUCGCUGGACAUGGAAAUUGCCGCCUACGACAAGCUGCUGUCGUCCGAGGAAGUCCGCCUGAACAUCACCCCCGGAAGCCAGACCACCAUCUUCCAGACGUCCUCGAGCAGCACCAGUGCGGGCCGAUCCGGAGCGCUACGCCGUACACCGCAGCGUACCGCCGCCAAACGCAAGCGUACCGUGCUGGAGGAAUCGGACGAGCGCAGUGUGUCGGACUUCUCGGUCACUUCGUCCGCCAAGGGAGACAUCGAGAUCUCCGAAGUCGAUCCGGAGGGAAAGUUCGUCAAGCUGCACAACAAGUCUGCUAAGGAAGUACAAAUCGGAGGCUGGACGUUGGUUCGCAAGGUCGGCACCAACGAAACCGUAUUCAAGUUCCACCGAACGCUGAAGGUCGAUGGCGGUUGCUUUGUGACGGUGUGGUCGUCGGAUCUUGGCCAUACGCACGAACCUCCGAGCACGAUCGUGAUGAAGGGCCAGAAGUGGUUCUCCGGCGACAACAUGACCACCCAGCUGUUGAACGGCGAAGGAGAGGAAGUAGCAGCGUCGGAACGUGUCAAGCGUAUUGUUUCCACUGCCGCAUCACGCCAUCGGGAGUACCUCGGUUCUUACAGCGGAGAAGAGCUGUAUCACCAACAGGGAGAACCAAAGGGUGAGGAGAAAUGCCGCAUCAUGUGAAGGUAAGGCGUUAAGAGUGCAUGUGCCCCUAUCGAAACAAUGUACCGUUGAAUCCCGUAUUGCAUAAACCUACACACGGAACGGACAGUCUCGUGUGACACUCUGUUGUAUUACCCCAACAGUUUGGGUGUAAUGCGCAAGGAAGCGAGCGUACGAGAGAGAGACUAGUGUGAACAAAUAGAUGUAGAAAUAAGAAAUCUACCAAUCACUAUUAAAAACCAUACAAUACAAAACUCACCACAAUUCGAAACAGAUGAAUGUAACCGAUACUAACUUUCGUAUUCGGCAAGAAAUGCAGUUAACAAGAUGAAAGUAUAUACUUAAUGAUGCAAAUGUUGUCCUAUGGAAAUAACGGAAGCAGCACAACGAUUAUUAUACUAACCUUAUCAGGAAAAAAGGCUUACAUUGGUUAACUGAGAGUUGCAAAUCCGAUUAUCUAAAAAAAAAUAGCAUUUAUACAUUUAUACCAUUCAAAGCUGACAAAAGGCCCUUAAUAAAAGAAGCAACACCUAAAAUGCCAUAAUUGUAAAGAACAAGACGACAAAGUUUCGAUUUUUUUUUUAUUUUUAACAUUUUUGCCGAAUUAUUUGUUUUUACCAUGGAGAAAAAAUCAGUGCAGCAGCGAAUUGGAACCACUACCGAGCGUAAUCGGUAGCUAUUUGAUGCUUUAACUUUAAGGAACUAAUUUUUCAGUGUUUUGUCCGUUUGUAGCGUAUAUUUAUGAUACUUUUCAAUGUUCCACAGCUGGAAAUCAAAACUCAGACAUGAAAUGCGGCUCAGAGAGAGAGAAGCGCAUUCGUUGCCUUUUGUGACCAUCCUAUUAUAAUACCGCGUUGUACUACUAGUGUGAACAAUCGAAACAAAAGAACAGAAAACUGCAUUUUUGAUUUUGCCGUUUUUUACUUUUAUUACUGUAAAGAAGAUAGGUAAAAGAGAUAUAUUUUUAACUGCUAAGAGUAAAACCCGUUCAAUCGUAUAGCUUCCGUCAUAUUUCGUUAGAGAAACUCACAAAAUCGUUUAGUUUGUAAAAAACAA